AUGGCCCACCCACCAAAACACGCCGCCGCAGAGUCCAGCGACGACUCCGACGCCCCCGAAGCCGUCUCCUUCGGCUCGUCCAAGAAAGCCGCGCGCGGCGAGCAGGCCGCGGUGCAGACCUUCCGCGACGCGCAGAAGCGGAAGACGAAAGAGAAGAACCGUGCGCUCGACGCGAACCUCAAGGCGCGCGCGCAGGGCCAGGCUGCGCGAAAGAUCGAGGAUGGAGGCAGGGCGGCUAAGAAGCCGCGAGUGGAGGAGGUCGUAGAUGGGAGCGAGGAAGACGAGCGCGGGGAGGAGGCUGGGGAGGACGACGACGAGAGUGGAGACCAGGACGAGGGGGGUGGGCCGAGCCGGAAGGAUCUCGAGGCGCGGAUGGCGCGCGCGAUGCUGGAUGCGGAAGAGGAGGAGGACGAAGACCUAUCAGGCGACGAUCCGGAGCGCCUGGAUGAAGAUGACGGCUCUGGGCUCUCUGGUGAAGAAGACGCAGAGCUCGAUGAUCCAGAGGAAGACAGCGAGGACGAAGAGCUCGCACCCGCGAAAAGCAACUACCUCCCCGAGCACCUGUUCUCGGCACUACACACAAAGCCCAAAAACACAAAAAUCGUCUUCUCCGACGACACCCCCGCCCGACCACCACCAUCUCAGUCGAAGAAACGGAAGCGGUCGAAAAGCGUGAAGGACAUCGUCGUCGGGUCCCGUGUCAUCCGCACGCUCCCCAAGCCCACCGACCUCGCGACCCCGGCGGGAGCAAAGGGGCUUGCGCGUACACGAAAAGCCGAGACAUUCGUGAAGAAGAGCCUCAACCUGAAAGGAGACCCCGCAAAGUCCAAAAUCAAAGGCUACACGCGACGACCGGCGAAUCUCGGCGUGAUGAAGAGGAACGGCCCAGCGGCCGGUUUCGUUCGCAACGCGUAG